AGGCGUUGGGGGCUGCAGGCGGGACUCGGGGAGGAUCAGGAACUAGAAAUGGUCCCAGUGGCCUUUGAGGAUGUGGCUGUGAACUUCAGUCUGGAGGAGUGGGCCCUAUUGGAGCCUUCACAGAAGAAACUCUACAGAGAUGUGAUGAGGGAAACCUUUAGGAACCUGGCCUCCAUAGGGGGAAAAUGGAAAGAUCCGUACUUUAAAGAUCAGUACAAAAACCAGGGAAGAAAACUAAGAAGUUAUAUGGCAGAGAAACUCGGUGAAAGUAAAGAGAAUAGUGAAUGUGAAGAAAACUUCAACUUUAUUUCAAAUUUUAAUCAAAAGAAGAAGAAGAAGAAGACUACUGGAGUAAAACCAUAUGAGCACAGUCCAUGUGGAAAAGCCUUUAUGUGUCAUUCAUCCAUUGAUAGACUUACUAGAUGUCACAUUGGACAAUAUGAGUACCUGAAAUACGGAGAGAAGAAAUAUAAAUGUAAGGUAUGUGGGAGAGCCUUUAGUUAUCUACAUUGCUUUGAACAACAUGAAAGAAAUCACAAUGGAAAGAAAACCUGUAAAUGUAAGGCACGUGGGAGAGUCUUCGUGUGCUUCAAAGCCCUUCGAAAACACAUGAUAACAAACACUACAGACUCUUCUUAUAAAUGUAAGGAACGUGGAAGAGUCUUCAGUUGUUCAAAUUCAUUUCUAUUACGUGAAAGAAUGCACACAGGAGAGAAACCCUGUGAGUGUGAACAAUGUGGGAAAGCUUUCAGUAUUUCUAGCUCUCUUCAAAUGCAUGAAAUAGCUCACAGUGGACAGAAACCCUAUGAAUGUACGGAAUGUAGAAAAGCCUUCAGAUAUUAUCAAAGCUUUCAAACACAUAAAAGAAAUCACACUGGAGAGAAACCCUAUGAAUGUAAAAAAUGUAAUAAAGCAUUUAGUCGUCUCAGUUAUCUUCGAAAGCAUGAAAGAAUUCACGUUGUAGAAAAACCCUAUGAGUGUAAAAUAUGUAAUAAAGCAUUCAGGUAUCCUAGUUAUCUUCACAUACACGAAAGAACUCACACUGCAGAGAAACUCUAUGAAUGUCAAAUAUGUAGUAAAGCAUUUAGUUGUCUCAGUUAUCUCCAAAAACACAAAAGAACUCAUAGUGGAGAGAAACCAUAUAGAUGUAAGGAAUGUGGAAAAGCCUUCAGGUGCUAUCGAAGUCUUCAAACACAUGAAAGAAGUCACACUGGAGAGAAACCCUAUACAUGUAAAAUAUGUAGUAAAGCAUUCAGGUGUCUCAGUGAUCUUCGAAGACAUGAAAGAACUCACAAUGCAGAGAAACCCUAUGAAUGUAAAAUAUGUGGUAAAGCAUUUAGAUGUCCCCGUUAUCUUCAAACACAUGAAAGAAAUCACCCAGGAGAGAAACCCUAUGGAUGUAAAAUAUGUAGUAAAGCAUUCAUGUAUCCCAGUUAUCUUCAGAGACAUGAACGAACUCACACUACAGAGAAGCCCUAUGAAUGUAAAAUAUGUAGUAAAGCAUUUAGAUGUCUCAGUUAUCUUCAGAUACAUGAAAGAAAUCACACAGGAAAGAAACCCUAUGGAUGUAAAGUAUGUAGUAAAGCAUUCAUGUAUUCCAGUUAUCUUCAGAGACAUGAAAGAACUCACACUGGAGAGAAAGCCUAGGAAUAUAAGGAAUAUGGAAAAGCCUUCAGUUAUCACACAAGCUUUCGAAGACACCUGACAAUGCACACAGGAGAGAAACCAUAUAAAAGUGUAGGAUGUGAGAAAAGCCUCAGUUAUCCCAGUUCCUUUCAAACACAUGAAGGGACUCUCUGGAUAAAAGCUCUUGAAUGUAAACAGCAUGGAAAAGACUUGAAUUGGCUCUCAUCCUUCCAUGUGAAAAUUCCCAUGGAGAGAAAUAAACAUGUAAGUAACAUGAGAAAGCUUGAUAGAAAUUAAUCCACGUAUAAGGUGCCAGAAAACUUUCAACAUGAAGAAGUUUUUCUUGAGGUUGUAAAUACAUUGUAUUUAUUAAACCUCUUUUUGAAGUGCAUUAUUGGACCUUGGAUUUCUACUAAUUGCUUUCAGCAAUGAAUACUCAGGUGAGAUAAUUCUAAGGGUUGUCAUUCAACAAUAGUACAUAAGAUUAAUAGCGCUUUCCCCUUAAGCCCUAGCCA